CCGCGUUUCGGUUUGGACGCGUUUUCUCUCGCUUAGCCACACACACAGAAAAAAAAGCUUCGUUUGCCGGUUUCGACGCGCAAGGAUAACGUUUUAUUUUCGCCACAAAGUGUGCGACUUUGUGUGUUGUUCUAUGCUGUGCAGUGUUUAGUGUAGUGUUUAUACUUGAACAAAAAAGUUGCAAAUUUGUUGAUCGAUAACAAAAAAGCAGCUGCUAAGCGGAUUAAUCACAUUCAAACACACUCGCUUAUCCUUUUGCAAGAUGCGCUUGCAACAUUUGCCAUUGCUGUUGGCGCUGCUCGCAACAGUUGCUGUCGCAGCAACAACAGCAGCAACCACGAAGCCCAAGAGCGAGACUAAAGCUGUGUCGAAGGCGGACUCUGCGAUUCCUUCCACCAAGAAGCCAACGCCCACAACUGUUGGCUCCAAGACAACCUCAACGACAACCACAAAAAGUCAGUCCACGAAGACGCUGAAAUCGUUGGUGCCCGGCGAGAAUCGUGGCAAGCGCACACUCUAUGACUUUGGCAAUGCCGGAUUUCUGUAUCCCGAGGUCGCCAGUCGUCGAGCCGGCUACGUGGACAACUACUUUCCACAGACGGGCUACUACAAUGGCCAGCAGGCCAUAGCUCAGUAUCCGGGCAGCUUUGCCACUGGCUAUGCGCCCUAUCCACAGUAUCUGGAGGCGCCGGAGCCCAUCAUUGAGAUCAUCAUCAAGGAUGCGAACGAAACGUUGGCCGAGGAACCCGCACAACCCGUGGUGACUAAGAAGACGAAGAAGAAGAAGGAGAAGGUGCAUGUGUUCUAUGUGAACUACAAGAAGGAUCAGAACAACAAGCUGCAUCUGGAGACGCCCAUCGCAUCGCUGAACAACGACGACAACGAGGAGCCCGAGGAGGAGGAAGAGGAGGAGGUGGUCCAGUAUCCAGUGACGCCUCUGCCGCCCGUCAAAUCCACCACGCUGCGCACCAUCAUCCAUCCCGAUUCGGAGAAGUAUCACAGCAACAGCGGCAUUCAUGUCUCCUUCGGGGCGGAGAACAAACAUCAGACCGGCCACAUUCUGGAGGAGCACGAUGCGGAGAGCAUUCAACGUCAGGUGGUGGCGUUGCCUUUGACUAACACACGUGCGGACUAUGGACGCGAGAGCAGCUUCGCCAGAGGCUCCUCUUCAUCUUCAUCGUCGACGUCUUCCGCCAACACGCUCUUCGGCAGCUAUCAGCAACAUCAGCAGCAACAACGUGAGCAGCAGCAACAGCAGCAGCUGCACUUUGCCAGCCAGCAACAGUUGCCGGCGCAGCACAGCAGCAACUACUUCAGGCAGCCAGCCAGCAAGCCACAGCAGCAGCAGCAACCACAAUUGCAGUACUAUCAAAAGCCGCAACAGCAACCCCAACAGCAGCAGCAGCAACAUGUGCCACGCCCCAGCAUCACGCAGCAGCAAUUGCCAUCGACUUCAUCGCAGAGCAUCUUCAACAAGUUGGUGCAGCAAUCGCAGUUCUAUGUCAAUCACAAUCAGCAGUAUCAGCCACAGCCAUCGCAGCAGCAGCAACCACAACAGCAGCAAUAUCAGAAGCCGCCCCAUAAGCAAGUCCAGGUGCCAUUCUUCCCCACAAUUCCGCCCAAAUCCCAAGAGUUGCCAUCGCGUCCCAGUGCGCCAUAUCAGCCCAUUAAAUUCCGCCCUACUCCCGCACCUGCGCCACAAACCAAACCAUUGCAGUUGCCUCUAAAGCUGGAGAAUGUCAACUACCAACAACAGCAGCAGCAACAUCAUCAGCAACAACAACAAUAUCAAAGUCAGAGUCAGUCACAGUCGAAGCCACAACCUUAUCAGUUUAUCAGACAGCCACAGUUUGUGCAGCAGCCACAGUUCAUUGUGCACUCGCCCACGCCAGCAACCGACUACUAUCCACAACAGCAACCACAUCAGCAACACUCACAGCAGCAGCAGCAGCAACAGCAACAUCAGGAGCACAAGUAUGUGGCGCCCACUUUGAGUUACUUCGACAUCAAACCUUCCAAGGAAACGGAGCUGUUGAAGUCCAUUCCCAAGUUUGAGCAACAUAUCACGGAAACUGUGCAGAAUCAGCCAUCGCAGCAGCAACAGUUGUCGCUGCAGCAAUUCGCCUACAGCAACACACGCAACGAGGUUAUACACGAUGUGCCUGCUCCCAAUUUGGGUCCCACAGCUGCGCCAAUUCCUGCACAACCCAUUGCCGGACAUUAUAUCACAGCCAGCUCCCAGCAGCACCAGCAACAACAGCAACAUCAGCAACCACAACCCCAGCAGCCACUUCAGCAACAGCAGCAACAUUCCCAACAGCAGCAACAUUCCCAACAGCAGCAACAUUCCCAGCAACAACACUUCGCUAGCUUCCCCAGCGAGUCAACGUCUCCGGUUUACGCCGAGUCCACUCACGGCCAAAAGGUAAUGGUUGUCACCCCGGUGCCACCUUCCUCCAGCUACGCCAGCUACAAUCAGUAUCCCCAGCCCAGCAGUGAGCCCGUUGUCCAGGUGCAUCCUCAAGCCUCAGCAGCUGCGCUUCAAGCUCAAGCCAGCACAAACUUCGCACAGCAACCCAGACAAUCGCAAUCCCAAUUUAAUUCCGCUUCAGCUGGCGACAACUCCCCAUUCAGUGUGUCCACUUAUCACUCGGAUGUGUUCAAGGAGCUGCAGCAGCGACAGCAGCAAGAGAAGCAAUCACAAGCUCCUACAAACUAUGUGACACCUGUGAAGCCAGCAGCUGCUCCAGCUGCCGCCUCCUCGCCAUCGACAUCAGCGCCAUUGCCCACAGCUCCACCCAAGCCCAAUGGCAAGGCAUCGCAGACGCUGCUGCAGCUGCCCGACGAGGUGCCCGACGAUCUGCGCCAGCAACUCUUCUCCUCCGGUAUACUGAACAAUGCCGAUAUCUCCAUCCUCGAUUACGAUAAGCAGGGAGACAUUGCUCUGGAGAAUCUGCCCGCUGAGCAUCUGCAGCAUUUCUAUGGUGCUGGCGGAGGUGCUCAGAUUGCCGAGACCAACAAGGUGUUGACUGUGGUGAAGCCCAAUGGCGAUAAGGUGGCGCUGAGCGAGAAGCAAAUCGAUCGCGUAAAACAGACGAAUUCACUGCCCCAAAAGCAGCAGCUGGAUGUGAAAGUUGUGCGUUUCGAUGCCGCCCAAGGACAGAGCGUGAAUGAGAAGUAUGUUCGUCAGGAUGCCACGGUGGUGACUCCCGUUGAGCUGGCCGAGCGUCAGCAAUACAAUCGUUAUUUGCCACUGAAGAUCAACGGUGCUCAGUUCCCCAUUCCCGAUAGCGAGGAACUGCUGGGCAAGAAGAUUGUCAGUGUUGUGGUCUUGGCUCCCGUUGAGGCUCAGCCCGCAGGGCAGUCGAGUGAGGCGCGCAGCGUGGACAGCAGAGAGGUAAAGUUUUUGGGUGGUGAGCUGGUCAAGACGCUGGUGAAGAAGCCCACCAAGGAUAACUUCAAGCGGUGGUUGGAGAAGGAGGCGCGUACCGACAUCGAACUGCAGUCCGUGGUGCUGUUGGUGGCUAAAUCCAGCGAUGCCGCCGAGCAGGAAAUCUUCAUGUACGACAUUGCCACGGGCAACGUCAACAAGCUGAAUGGAGAGCUCUCGAGCACCUUUGUGAAUGUCGCCGAGGAGAAUGCGAGCAGCGAGGAUUUGGAGCAUGCGGCCACAUUGGAUCCCAGUUCACUGGAGUCGAUGAUGCAUCUGCGUCGCAGAUGA